AGCUCAGAAAAGAAUGCAUUGUUCUGUUGGCCUUGUCUUUUAUUUUGCCCUGGAUCGUCAUCUUCAUGGACGCAGACGGGAUUCAAAAACAUGAAGAAUUUCCUAUCCGAUUGUAAGAAGCAUGAGAAGGCAAAAUCGCACAUGGGUGCCUACAAGACCUGGAAGACCUACGGUUUUCAGCCUCGUAUCGACUGUCUCAUGUCACAAACUAGACGUGAAGAGAUUCAGCGUCAUAACGAGGAGUAUACAGGUUGAUGAGGCAACUGAUGUUUCUACCAAAGAACAAUUGAGUGUAAUUGUUCGAAUGGACAAAGGGAAAGUGUCAUUGAAAGACAGCUUGGGUUUGUUGAUGUUAGUUGUGAUAGGACUGCAACUGCUAUAUCAUCAGUGGUUAAGGAGAAUUCUUGAGCAGUCAUCCAUACUUUAUUCUAUCUUGCAAGACAAGGACACUGACUUUCAUUAUGGAAUGAGUAGGUUUGAGAGAUUCAAGGCCUUUGUUGCUUCUCUGAGAAAUGAUACAGAAUAUUGUCAGGUGUACGACCUGGCUGUUGAGAAAGUGGGACCACCAGUAACCAGGGUGUUUAAGAUGUGGAAAGGUGAAGUGCCCUCAGAAAAGAUAAAUCUUCUAAAGGAGGUUUAUGGUGAUAUGUUUGACAUACCAAUGCUAGUUAGCCAACUUUGUUUUAUUUACAGAGAUAAAGACUUUCACUGUGAUUCAUGCGAUGAAUUAUUGAAAUAUAUUUUUCAGUCCAUUAUCAAUCUAGUAUUCCAGAAGUUAAAGAUAAAUGGGGUUUUGUCAAUUACAAGUGCUUCAGUUGAGAGGUCAUUUUCAUGUUUGAAGAGGGUAAAAAAUUAUCUUAGAAAGACUUUGAGCCAAGGACGUUUUAGUUCUCUUUGCAGGAUUUCCAUUCACAAAGACAUACUGUCAGAGAAAGAAGACGCCAACGCAUUGCAUGAUGAGGUAGUAAAGAAGUUCAUUGAAAAACCACGAAGACAUGCUUUCUUAUACAAAUAGGUAUUCAUAUAUGGCUGAUAACAAGCUGAUGAUGUCUUACGUCCAUGGCAUGUGAGAAUUUUUCCGGGAACUUUUUAAUGCAGUCAAUGAUGAUUGUCAUUUCAGCACGACAAUUUCAUCACAACUUUUGAUAGUUGUUGAUGACAAAUCUGAGCCUUUUCG